AUGGAACCUUCUAUAGCUGAGCUCUCAAUAGAAGAAAACGAUCUGAAUCAACCUGGUUCGAACCCCAUGGUGGAACUGCCUCAAUCGCCACCCAUUUCACAACAUCUCUCUACACAACCCAACACCACUGCGCCCUCCAACCCUUACCAACACCUUUCUUCUCACGCACCCCGAUUCAACACAUCUGUGCCCCCAGGCCAGCAAGAAACGUCACCUGGAACCCACCACCAACAACAACCUACUUCCUUCCCUCCUCAUGCAUUAGUCAACUCACAUGUCUCUCCUACUAGUUCUUCAGCUGUCACUCAAAACCCCCCCGACUUUGCUUCCUUCUUCCUCAUCAAGCAAAUGCUGUUUCAGAAGGCGCCGGAACCCUUCAAUGGAGACCCGUACACGUACCAGACGUGGCACGACUCAUUCAUGGCGAAGAUAAGAGGAUUGCCCCUGACAUCGUUGGAAAUACUAAUGGCUCUGCAAGCCGACACCAUCGGAGAACCACAGAAGAUUGUUGAAGAAUACCGAGCAAUUGGUAGUCGCAACCCAGAUCUUGCAUUGCAAAAUGUGUGGGAUGCACUAAAAAACAAAUUUGGAUCUAACAUCCGCAUCGAAACUGCUCUAGCCGCUCGUGUCAACAACUUUGCACCAAUUAAAAACCCCAGGCAGACACAGAGACUAGAGGAGCUGAUCAGGCUGUGCGACAUGAUACUCUACAACAUGCCAUCAUGUCCUGGCCUGCAGAGAUACAAUGAAGGAACUGGAAUAAGAAAAAUAUGGCUCAAACUCCCACCAGUCAUCCAGCAUAGCUGGAGGUCAAUCUGCUGUGACGACAAGUCUCAAGAUGCUCAUACUCCUGCAUUUGCCACCUUCGUUGCCUUCAUCAGGAAAAACUUGAACAUGUACUCUAACCCUCUUUACGAGAUCCCGUCUACCGAAGACACCAGGGUGCGAGACGUAAGGACCUACGCUACAAAAACCGAAUCCGUACCCGAAACGUCAGCUCACAACCCCGCUGGAAGAGACGUAUGUGUGCUUCACCCUUCUGAAACGCAUCUCCUGAAAGACUGCAAGAUUUUUGCAAAUAAACUGUUUGAAGAUCGACGAAAGAUACUUCUUUUGAAUGGUCUUUGUUUCCGGUGCCUCGGGAAACACAAACAAUCUGACUGCAAUGAAAAGCCCAAGUGCGACAAAUGCGAGCACACUCAUGCAACCGCAAUGCAUAAAUCUCUGGCAGUGAGGCGAACACCGACUUCCCUUGCUAAUAACCAAACAGCCAAUUCUCCCAGGAAAACCGUGGGAGCCAUCAACCUGUGCACAACAACCCGUGCACGUCAAUCAAAAAUUGUCAAACGCAUCUGCAGCAAGGUCAUUCUAGUUGACAUCUGCCUCCCGUCUCGCUCUUCGAAAAGCAUGAGGUGUUAUGCCUUUAUAGAUGAAGGGAGCAAUACAUCCUUUGCUGACCCAAGGGUUGCAGACUUCUUUGGCAUCCAUGAGCCUCUGGUCGACUACAAACUCUUUACGAUGGACAAUCUCCAAAGCACAAGGACUGGAGUUGAGAUAAGUGGCAUACAAAUAAAGGGAGCUUAUGAGGAACGAAGCUUCCUCUUGCCAAAUCUCAUCACGUCUGACACAAUUCCCCAGCACAAAUCGCUGAUUGCAGAACCUAACGUCGUGAAAGCUCACAAACACAUUGCUCGUUUUACCAAGUAUUUCCGUGAACCCGACAAGGACGCUGAAAUACUCCUGCUACUCGGCGCAGAUAGCGGAUAUGUAGUGAAAACCAAAUUCUACGGCAACAAGCCUCCCUUCGUUGUCCACACAGCCUUGGGAUGGGCCCUAGUGGGCAAAGUUUCCAACAAAUCAUCUCCCGUACCAGGACAUCAAGUCCUGACCGUACACACCGAUCAACAUGACCUCAGCGUCCGGUCUAAACUGUGUUUCAACCGACCAGAGAAGCCCUGGAAAAUCCCGGACGUACGACACACAUUCGAGGAGCGUCACGACGAUGAGAACCCCGGCCUAUCACAAGAAACCCAGAAAUUCCUGGACGUAGUUUCCAGCAACAUCUCGACAAACGCAGUCGGUAAUUUGACCAUGCCUCUACCUUUCCGAAAAGACGACCCAGUGCUGCCGGACAACAGGAAGGCAGUGUUUCACCGGACGCACAACACCCUGGAAAGACUCAAGAAAGAACCAGCAAAAUUAUCUCAAUGCAUCGAAGUGAUGCAGAAGUAUCUCGACGCGGAACAUGUAGAACCCGUUCCUCUGGAAGAACUGGAACCGAGUAGGCCAGGCAAGGCUUGGUGGAUCCCAAUUUUCCCAGUCACGCACCCGAAGAAACAGAAAGUCAGACUGGUAUUCGAUUCAUCGGCCAAGUAUCAAGGAACGAGCCUUAACGCAGAAUUGCUCGCGGGCCCCGACCUGAACAACCGCUUACGUGCAGUACUUCUUUGCUUCAGACUUGGAGCCGUGGCAUUCGCGGCAGACAUUGAAUCCAUGUUCCAUGGAUUUUUCCUACAGCCUCAAGACAAGGAUUUUACCAGAUUUUACUGGUUCAACAAAAAUGAUGCCAAGAACAGACUCGCCCAAUUUAGAGCAAACGUCCAUAUUUUUGGUAACUGCAGCAGCCCUGCAGUCGCAACACUCGGACUCCGACAUGCAGUCAAUUGUCCAGACCUUGAAGUCUCCCCAGAAACUCGUGACUUCGUUGAAAGGCGUUUUUAUGUAGACGACGGUCUCGGCACGGCAGAUAGCCCCCAACAGGCUAUAAAAAUCCUCACCGAGACUAGAAAAGUGACUAUGUAG